GGGCAUCCAGGCUGCGCUAGCGGGACGCCCCUUACUUUUUGGAACUUUCCAGGCGCUCUGUUAACAGUCGGAAAUCAAGUUUCUGGAAGCUGCGUUGAGCUUUUUAGCCCUCGCUGCAGGAAGCAAUGCAGAAAUCAGAGUGCCAUGGAGGGGUGCCGUGCAGAAACAGAGUGGCAGGUACCUGUGAUCCAAGAACAUCAUCAAGCACCCAGAUAAAGCCCAGGACUCCACUUCAACAAAGCAAGUCUCCAUCAUCAACCAGUUCUCCAGAAUCUUCCAGAAAGCUUCAUCCUCGACCAAGUGAUAAACUUAACCCCAAAACAAUUAACCCAUUUGGUGAACAGUCACGAGCCCCUUCUGCGUUUGCGGCUAUUUACUCGAAAGGGGGUAUUCCUUGCAGGUUGGUCCAUGGUUCCGUGAAGCACAGGCUGCGGUGGGAAUGCCCUCCAGAGACUCUUGCAUUUGAUCCUCUUCUUAUUACUUUAGCAGAGGGCCUGAGAGAGACCAGACAUCCAUACACCUUUGUAUCAAAGGAGGGUUUUCGAGAACUGCUUUUGGUGCCCGGUGCUCUUGAGAAAGCAGUGCCUUUGCUUCCUAGGAUGAUUCCUGUGCUAAAGGCUGCACUGGUUCACUCGGAUGAUGAAGUGUUUGAGAGAGGACUGGAUGCUCUUGUUCAGUUAAGUGUCACUGUCGGCCCUUUUCUUACGGAUCAUCUGAAACACCUGCUCACGAGUCUUUCCAAGCGGCUAAGAAACAAAAAGUUCAAGGAGCCAAUCACCAGCGCAUUACAGAAGCUAGAGCAGCAUGGUGGAAGCGGAAGCCUUAUCAUCAUCAAAUCUAAAAUUCCAACAUAUUGCUCCAUUUGUUGUUAAAUAGGGAAUCAGCAAAGAUCAUCUCACUACCUGGUAACAGAUUUUUAAACACUGACUACAGAAACCAUGGGAAUUUUCAGAUGCAGCUCAUUUUGUUCUCUUAAAAUCAUAGACAACAUUCAUUAUUUGCUAUUUAAUGUGAGUUUAUACAGUUCCACUGAAUCAUAGUAAAAGUUCGUAAUGAGCCAAAAAAAAUAGUUAAUAAUGGUAAGCUAUUAAAAACAGU